GCAAAGAUGCUAGUGUGUGUGACAGAUUUCAUGUGGUAAGAUUUGGCACUUGGAGCUGAUGCGGACCCCCAGCGCUCAGCCAGAGACACCUGUGGAUCUCCGAUGGAUCCACCACCUGACAGGUCAUGACUGGGACUAAUCCAGAUGUCUCCCCCAACCGCUAUGUAUAGGUAAGGGGCAGAGCAUCAGUUCCUGUGAUGUGACUAUUUGCCCUUUCUGCGUUCUAUUCUUUGCAUUGGUCACAUCCAGCAUCUCUCCCUCUUCUCACUCUUCUCCUUUCUCUGCACCACAUUUGCAUGGCAGGCCUCUGAUGUGAUUGAAAGAGUAGCUCAGGUGUGAGGUUUUAUUUGCCUUUGCAUUGUCAAGUCAAGUCAAGUCGCAUGUUUUGUUGUCCACAGCAGGAGAGCCGCUCCUGGAGUUUACCCUAAAAUUCUUCCAAAUGGGCCUCAAGGAAAUAUUCCAUUUGGCCCGAGUGCCUUCCAUCCUUAUGCUGGGCUUGGUUUAUGUACUCUACAUCUUUAUCGGUGGUGUGGUGUUUUGGAAGCUGGAGGGAGAUCUCGGACAAAAGGACAUCAGCCUUUUGUUGACGAGCAAGCAAAAGUUGUUGUCGACGUACACGUGUCUGGACCAAGAUGGCCUUGAGAAAGUGGCUCAGGUUGUCCAAGAUUCUUCAAAAGUGGGCUUGAGUUUGAAAGGCAACAGCACCACAGAUGGAUUCUGGAAAUUCACCAGCUCAGCUGUGUUUGCCGCCACUGUUGUCACGACGAUAGGUUAUGGAAACAUGAGUCCCAGCUCCACCGCUGGUCAGAUCUUCUGUGUGUUCUUCGCCCUUUUUGGCAUUCCACUCAACAUGGUGGUGCUCAACAGAGUGGGCAAGUACAUGCUCGUAAUAGAGAGAAACAUCUCCAACUACCUGGAGGGGAAGACCGGCAGACGGACAUGUACUCGAUUCUUCGUUCAUCUGCUGUCCUACCUGUCUGGAGUCCUCCUCUUUUUAGUUGUCCCCAUGAUCGUGUUCCAGCUACAUGAAGGUUGGACCUACUCACAAGCUAUCUACUACUGCUUCAUCACACUCAGCACCAUCGGCUUUGGAGACUUUGUGGCCGACGACAACCCAGACAAAGUGUACCCAGAGUGGUACAGCUUCAUCAUUGCCUCUUGGAUCUUCUUCGGCCUGGCCUGGCUGGCGCUUGUCAUCAACCACUCCAUUGACAUGCUGGAGCGGCUCAACAUGCACCUCAAACAGAGGUGGGGGGGGCAUAAGCUGGAGGAACAGUCGGGUGGUGUGGGGAGCGACAACCCUGACACACAGCUGGAGGAACAAGAGGAGGUCAAGGGGCCACCUUUGAAGCAGUAAAGUACAAAAGGUUUGACAAUCGCAUGGAAUACAUAUUUAGUUGAUUUUAAAGAUAUUAUAACACAACCAACUCUGAUGACCAAUUAUGUUGCUAUUUAUUGUAUAUACCUGUAUAUACUUUAUAUUAUUUUCUCAAAACACUAAAUGCUUCCUGAAUUUUGUAGACAAAAUUUUGGAAAUAUAUACAGUAUAUAUUAUGAAGAAAUAUUAGAGUAAAACAAAUAUUAUGAGAAUAAAAGUCGAGGAGAAGUAACAUUAAAAUGGUGAAAAUGCUGAUUUUACAAUAAAUUUGGAAGAAUAAAGCCUUACCAUGGAGAGAAAAAGGAGGUGGUAUUCUAACAUACUGUUAUUAUUAUUACUAUUUA